GUGUGUGUGUUCAUCUCAAGAGCAUGUCUGUGUGUCUGUCUUGUGUCUGUUGGCUCCUGACUGUCUCCUCUUUUUUUUGAAACUGUUGCCGAUGUUUGGACUUCUGGUAAGAAAUAGUUUCAGCAUCCAGCGAGUGUAUGCGUGACUCAUACGUGUUGUAAUGACUUUCAUCAGCUUCCUAGCAAGCGCACGGGAUCAGCCGGUGAUUUUUGCACGGGCAGGCAUCACUCAUCUCAAUAUAAUUUUUCACAUAGCAGAGGCGUUGCCAGUUUAAGCAGUUUACGGGUUAGAUUUGAACCUGCGGCCUUUGUAUUUGCCCCCAUCUUUAACCACAGCACCUCGUUUAAACCCUGGCAGAGGUUUUCCAUCAGGACAUCAGGGCAAGCAUACUUGAGAAAGGUAUCUUAAUCCUCUUUCUCUGUCUGUUUCAGAUGGACACACACACACACACACACACACAGAGCGUCUGAAAGCGGCGCAGGACUGCUUGAGCUGCGGCCAAUCUUGAUAAACUCCCGCCUCGGCAUUGUGGGAAAGUGUGCUGUUUGCUUACCUGUCAGUUAUUCUAUUAGUCUGAAAUCUGGUGUUGAUAUCAAGCACGCUGAUUUUUAUUCGAGCUGCGAAGUGAAGCAAUCGCAGAUAAGAGUGCACUUUCUGAUUGAGCCAGAAAGCUUGGGUAUUUGCCCUUUAAAUCAGCACGUCUCAUUAGUGUUUAUUUAACAUGUCACUGAUUUCAAUUUUCUCUUUCAUUUUCGUAGCCCUUAAAUAGAGGGCUGCUUUUUGGCUGCACAACUUUGCCAGGACAACGCGCCAAAUUAAAAUACACUUUAUGCAUUUACUGAAAAGGAACGGAUUUGCAACCUGAGAGAUUUAUGCCUCCUUAAUCCUCGUAGGCCUAUUAAAGACGGCAACUAAUUAAUUAUUACCGGGAUGCGACGUAAAUUGCCUGCUUUUGACUCAGGCAUGAAAAAGGUAACCAAGGUAAGUAACUCCAACACGUUUCAGCAAAUGCAAAAUACUGAGAAAACUUUAUGGGAGGCCCUCGCAUUCCCUUCUGCAACUGUAAAAGUCUACUUAUGUAUAAUAUCAAGUGAAAGAAUAGAAUAGAGCUCAAUUACUUGAUACUUGAUCUUCUUUCGCUCUUCUAUGCUGCCGGCGACGCGACGGAACAGGACCCUUUAUAAUCAGCGACGCGAGUGACGCAGGCGCCCAAUCGACCAAUCAGAAGGCUCCCAUUAUAAUCAGCGGAGCGCGCGACGCGGAAUAUCUCGGGAGCGCCGGAGUUUGUCGCGUCGCGUCGCUCGCUUGUAGCGCGUCAUGUGAUAGGGGCUGGUAUUUGACACCUCGGGGGUUCAAAACUCUCGUGUGUUUAUGGGACUUGAUUUUGGCACGGACUCCCGCGUUUAGAGAGGAGAGCGCGUCCCGAGGAAGUACGGCGCGCGCGCGAGCUGCCCUGGACCCGACGCGUCUGGGUCAGUCGAGAUAACCCUAGUUUCUGGUCGCACCGGACGCAGGUUUAUGUGAAAAACGUGGAUGUUCAGAAUUAUGCAUCAUCACUACAGGGAGAGGCCGAGAGGAAACAUUUUAAGGAAUACGUGUUCAUUAUCUGUGGAUUAUUUUCACUUGUCAGUUUCUUAAUUUAUUUCGCUCAAGUCCAUGACAGGAGAGGUCGAUCAGGACCGAAAAGAUGGCAAAGGGUGGAGAAGUCUGGAGAGCUGCAUGGCCGCACCUGCCCGAUAUCACCUGAGGGACUGGAAGGUGAUGCUGCUUGUGUUUGUAUGUCUUCUGGGUCUCGUUGAUGGACAUUUCCUUCAGGAGGAGAAAGAAGAAUCCCGUCCUAGCAAGCUGAGAGCCUCUUCAACCUCCGCAGAACAUCCAGGACCGCAGAAAGAGCUAGAUGAGUGGCAGAGCAGAGCGCCUUGGCCACGACUGCAUGAUUCGUCCCUGGCCGAGGAAGGUGAGGGUCAUCGAAUCCGGUGGCAGCGCUCCUCUACAAACAGCUCCAGCUCACGGAAGUCCCCAAGGAACCGCAAGGAGCGGCGCAACCGCAAGCGAGGCCGGAGCAGCAAGGACUGCCGCUUGGAGAGGAAAGAGAUGAAGGUGCGCGACCUGGGCCUCGGCUACGACUCGGACGAGAUCGUGGUGUUCAAGUACUGCGUGGGCUCCUGCAUGAGCGCCCGCAAGAACUACGACCUGGCCCUGAAGGUGCUGACGGACAACGGCAGCGUUCCCAGACGCAACGUGGGCACUCACCCCUGCUGCAGACCCACGCGCUUCGAGACCGUCUCCUUCAUGGACGCCCAGACGAGCUGGCAGACCAUCAAGUGGCUUUCGGCGGCCAACUGCAGCUGUGUGGGAUGAGAGCAGCCCGGGAGACGCAGCCGGUAAAAUCAGCCCACGAGCUCCGGUGUAGAAAGCGAGGGGAUUCCAGUGCGAGGAACGGGACGCAGCGGAUCUGCUAGCAUCGGCACGGGAACCGCGGGAACACGGGACGUCCUGCGGGGAGACGGUCGGGAACCGUAGAGGCUUGCAUCACCUGACCUUGGAGAGCUGUGAAGCGGUUCCCGCUCCAGACUGCAGUUGCGCAUGGAAAGCUUGUGAAAAGUAACUUGAAGGCCUACAUUUCACAUGAUCUGGAACCGGAGAUGUUUUAAGAACGAGGAUACCAUGAAGGUUCAUUAUAACAGAGCAGAAGGGUGCUUUUAACUCACUUAUCAGCUUAGCAUGUGUGCUUAAUGCACACAAACACGCCACCUUUUUUGGAAAUGGGCUCGUUUUCCAAGUUAAACAGUUGAGUUUUACCAUUUUUUAAAUCCGUUCAGCCGAUCUCCGGUUCUGCCGAUAGCACUUUUAGCUUAGCAUAGAUCCUUGAAUCUGAUUAGACCGUUAGCAUCGCGCUCAAAAAUGACCAAAUAGUUUCCGUAUUUUUCUUAUUUAUAACUUGACUCUUCUGUAGUUACAUUAUGCACAAAGUCUGCCAGGAAAUGAAAAGUUGUGAUUUUCUAGGCUAAUAUAUCUAGGAGCUAUACUCUCCUUGUGGCGUCGCAGCAAACGCAGUGAUAUUAUUCAUCUCCUGACAUUGCUGGGGACUAUUUUCAGGCGCUGUGUAAUAUAAUUGCGCCUGCUGCAGCCAUGGUACGGUAGAAAUGAAACCAGUGCAUCUAUGCUAAAUGGAUUCAAAAAGGAGAAAACUAGCCCAUUUUCAAAAAGUGGAGUGUCUCUUUAAGCCAUGUGCACAUUACAAGACUGAAGCGUGUCACUUUUUGUGAGUAGUCUAUAACAAAAAAGUUUUUUUUCGGAUACAGGCCAAAAUGAGUCCUUGCAUGCAGCACUUCAGCGGUUCGCAGGCUGGUUCUGGAUGCUAAUUGGUGGAGCUCUUUAUAAUGAUGAAACACGGCAUGUCUGGACGUAUGCCCGGAUAUAACACUCUCUUCCAUCAUCUGAUCAUCAUUAGAUGAAUUACCGCUGCCAUGAUCGCUAGAAAAUGUAUACAAACUAUUUUUAACUCUUUUCAACUCUUUUCUCUUUUAAACAAAUUCCGCCUGUUUCCCAUAAGCAGAGCGAGCGCCGGGUUUUUUUGAAUAAUGCUGUAAUCUACAAAAGGCCCGUUUCACGUAGAAAUCAAUCAUUCUUGGAUUUGAAAGAACGUCCGGGACCUAAUUUACAUUUUUGUUCUAAAAGUGUAGAGUCGGUAAGAAAUCGAUACUUUUAUUUAGCAACAACCCGUUAAAUCGAUCAAAAGUAAGAGUAAAAGAUUUAUAAUGCUACGAAAGGUUUCUGUUUGGCAGAAAUGUUCUUUUCGAAAUUUCUAUCCAUUAAAGGAUCCGGAAAAAAAACAUUCUGGUUUCAACAUAAAUAUAAAACUCUUUUCAGCACUGAUAAUAAUCGGCGUAUUAGAAUGAUUUCUGAAGGAUCAUGCGACGCCGGAGAAGGAGUGAUGAUGCUGAAAAUACACAGGAAUAAACUAAACUUUAAAAUAGAUUCACUGCUAGUCGAAAUUUUGUCUUUUUGAUCAAAUAAAUGCAGCUUUGGUGAGCAGAAGAUGCUUCUUCAAUAGUAAAAAUAAAGCUCAGGUGAAACCGACGCAUGCUUUUGCGAGCAAAACUCUAAAGUGAAUUGACUUGAGUGUUUAAACGACUUGCGACCGUCUUGUAAUGUGCUCUCGGCGUCACACACUUGCACAAACACGACCAACAGCUAACCGCUCAACCCGAUGCCACAAUCAGUAAAUACAGAGAUACCUCUUUAACUUCUUUGAUCGACAUUGUUGUGUUUCAGCGCUCCAGUGGACGUCUGUCUUUCCGUGCGUGUUCUGUUACGGGCUGGAUCUUCGACAUUUGAUUCGUCGGUUAAAUGAAACGGCGCCCUGGCUGAAGUUCAGCACCGUUCUGGUCUACCUUAAUGUAUUUUAAUUGAGACAUUGUCACGUUUCAUGCUUUUGGUUGUUGACAUAUUGUAUGUGAGGUGUGUGAUAUACCAAAGCGAUAGAUAAACAAAUAGACAGGGAUAGGGACGGCGGGCAGUAGAAAUGAAACCUGCGCUUUACACGUCUAUAAUCGAUCGUCACACGCUUCUUUCUAUUCCAUUUCUCCCACUUACUGCGUCAUCCUCGUGGUUUACUUUUACUCAUAUUUUACUUGUGUAAGACACUACAACUACCUGUGAACUCACUCUCAGCAGAACACAUCUGGAGCAUGUUUCACUGUAAACUCAACAAAAAUAAACGGACACUUUUACUUUGUUUUCAAAAAAUGAAGCCAAUUAUUAGACUUUUUUUUUUUUUUUUUUUACAU